AUUUUGUUGAUUAGUGCAGUUAGUUCAUUUGUUUGGAUGGUUAUGUCUUUCUUUUGCUGUUCAUCCUUGAAGACAAGGAUGUUCUCAAGGAGUGGGGGAUUGUAAUGAAUGGGAGUUUAGUUGUAAUAGGAAUUAAUUGGGGGAUCACUUUGUAAUUGGGUAGUCAUAUAAAUAGAGGAAGUAAACUGUAAACUGGGCAUCGAAUAUCAAUUACAGAAACCAUUCUUCCUUGUUCUACUUCUUCUUCCUCUCUUCCUCUCCCCUGUUCUUUCUUCCUCCUCCCUAUCAUUCUGCUUCCAAUCUUCCUCUCUUCUUCCCUCAAUCUCACUUUCUUCUUCUCUAAGUCAAUCUCAAUCGCCAGGACAGAUCCAGAAUCAUUACAAAGGUUGUGUGUUUUCCCUCUUCUCUCGAACCCAGAUUGAGAUGGGUCAAAUUCGGCGGUAAACGAAAGUUGUUCUCCAUUUUCUUUCCUGGGUUUUUUUGGGGGAAAAUUUCUUUUUAUGGAUCGAGAUUAAUGGCGGCACCGAGGAGUAUUGCGGUGGUUGAGAGUGGUGGGUUGACUGUGAGUAGCGGAGGCAACAGGAUGGGAAUGAGGGAUGAAGAGAAGGCGAAAGAGGACGAUUCUCCGUCCAGCAAGAAAUCCAAGUUCGAGAGGUUCCCCUUUUCCAGAUGGGAAUUAGCUACUGCUGUUUCCGUUUUCUUCGUCUUCUCUACUGGUUUGUUCUGCAUCUACUGGACCAUGCCUGCGGCUGAGUACGGCAAGCUCAAAAUCCCUCGCACUGUCUCCGAUCUCCGCUUGCUCAAAGAACAUCUUGGAACAUAUGCGAAGGAUCAUCCUGCACAGUUCAUCCUCGGCUACUGUUCGACUUACAUCUUCAUGCAGACCUUCAUGAUUCCAGGAACAAUUUUCAUGUCAUUGCUAGCUGGAGCUCUAUUUGGUGUUAUAAGGGGUCUUUUUUUGGUUGUUUUAAAUGCAACAGCCGGAGCAUCUUCUUGCUUCUUCUUGUCUAAGCUGAUUGGCCGUCCUCUCGUUAGUUGGUUGUGGCCUGAAAAGUUGAGAUUUUUUCAGGGGGAGAUAGCGAAACGUCGGGAAAAGCUACUGAAUUACAUGCUCUUCUUGAGGAUAACACCCACAUUGCCUAACCUAUUCAUCAAUUUGGCAUCUCCUAUCGUUGACAUACCGUUUCAUAUUUUCUUUUUGGCUACUUUGAUUGGUCUCAUUCCAGCAUCCUAUAUUACUGUGAGGGCUGGGCUUGCCCUUGGGGAUCUGAAGUCGGUGAAAGAUCUAUACGAUUUCAAAACAUUAUCCGUGCUCUUCAUCAUCGGCUCCAUCUCCAUCUUUCCUACUCUCUUGAAGAGAAAGCGGAUUUACGAAUAAAGCCAGAGGAAGGGCUUCGACGAAGCACGGAAGCUGAUGGCAAUAUUUAUUAGUGCACCACCAGGAGGUCUUUAUGUGGCAUCUUAAGCAGUUGAUACUUUACGGGUUGAUUACUUCUCUCCCGUUAUGAUGGCACACAGUAUCGGAAAGAUAGUGCAUAGAUAUGCCUUCGAUCACUAUUAAAGUUCCGACAUAUUCAUUUUGAAUGUAAUGUUCAACUCAUAAUCUCCCAUCUGCAGAUUACUAGAUAAGCUUUUGUGAGAUCUCGGAUAGUCAUACUGCACUGACAGAAUGUUGUAUUGGGAAAACCAUGUAACAGCGCAUAGUAAAGUUUAGAAAUCAGUAGGCUUUAGCUUUAAUUAUUGCAAGUUUUGUUGUAUUUGCAUUCUACUUCCCUUGUUCCUGUGAGAAAUUGUCAGU